AUGAGAUAUGGUGGGGUACGAACUAGAGGUGGUAUGGUGCUGACCAGAGGUGAUGGGGUGCGGACCAAAGAUGGUGGGGUACAAACCAGAGGUUUAGAGAUACACGAGGUUGAUAGGUUGUUUAUUCCCCCUAAUGUCGUUGAUACAAAGACACAAUCAUUAGAUGGGGAGGUAGGAAUGAGAGAUGGUGGGGUACGAACUAGAGGUGGAGGUGUACAAACACGUGGAUGCCAUAUUUAUGAUGAUCCACACUUCCCUAUUGAUGAUGCAUCGCUAGAUUUUCCAUCAUCAUCGCCUCUACAACAUUUUGUCUUCACUUUUUCAACACCACUUGACCAGUCAUUACCUCAUUCAUCAGUUCCAUUCAUUGAUGAGGGGGUGAUACAAGAAGAUGUUGGGACAUUAUUCAUCCAGGAGCUAUUGCAUUCUUAUAUUGAUGGGCCUUCUUUUCAUAUACUUAUGUCAUCUAGUAUCAAGGUGUCAUUUACUCCAUCUACAACACCACUCAUUGUUUUGUCACUACAAUCAUUAGGACAUCUAUUUAGAGAUGUUAUGGCGACACAAAUGCAAUAUUUUCCUACACCACUUGUUGAACAACAGGGAGAGGCUCAGGUUCAAGAUCAAGGACGUGGACAUGGAAGAGGUCGAGGCCAAGGACGAGGACGAGGAAAUGGAGCAACAUUAGAUGGUCCCUCAAAUCAAUCUGAGUUGGAAAGAUGUCAUCAACGCCCAUAACCAAGAAGGAAACCUCCUUCAUGUGGCACACAUUGAUGACUUUUAUAUAUUUUAUCGAACAUAAAUUGUUAAUACAUGUUUUUUUGUUACUUGUUGGUUUAUUUGUAUUGAUGUUGCAUAUUAACUUUUAUUGGUUGUUAGUUUACUAGUAACGUAUGUUAAUUUAUCGUCUGCUGGUAUUGAA